CUACGCAACUGCAAGGCUUUGUUCGAGGCUACGACAUCUUAAACCUCGUCGCCAAACCGAGGAGCAGGAAAUGGUCUUCCGCAAUGGCGCCGCUGUGCAAGUUCUACCAAAAUGGCAAUUGUCGCAAUGGUGCGAACUGCAGAUUUGAACACCCUGGGGCCAAUAACAAUCCAUUUGGCGGUACCAGCAACAACCGAUUUAGCUCUCUAAGCUCUGGCGGUGGAGGCAACAGCAACAAUAGCGGAACGAACCCGUACAAGGUUACCAAGGAGUUGAUCAAGAUCGAUCUAACGGAGGAGCGUCCAUCUUGGAUAUUGUCAUCUUACGGCCCCGGUAAGGAUGCGCCAGAGCAGUUAUUCGGGGGAUUCCCACGAGAGCAGAGCUUCGAAGAGCUACGAUUGCUUGUGGCUUCGAGCUCAAAUCCACCCGAAGCACUCCAACAUAUAGCAACGCUCUACCAGAAAGCUGAACACCAAAUCCUGACAACCCUUAAUGACCUGGAUGGCGCAGUCAACUUCAUCGUCGGCUCUGAGAACAAUCACCCAAACCGCAACGAUAUUUGCAAGCAAAAUACUCGAGAAGGAGGCACAAAUGGAACUUUUGCGGUUGGCAACACAUCCGGUCCCUUUGGAAACCCCUUGAACUCGGCUCCUGCGGCGGGCCAAAACCCGUUUUCCACCACGCAGGCAAGUCCAUUCGGUGCAGUAUCGAAUAAUACCACAACAAAUGCUUUCGGUGCUCCAUCGACCACGGGAACCACUGGUGCAUUUGGUCAGCCUUCAGCAUCGGGGCAGAAGCCCAACCCUUUUGGCGGGGCUAGUGCGUUCGGGCAGCCCUCGACUCUUGGAGCUGCAGGAGGAUCCGCGUUCGGGCAGCCUUCAAGUCUCGGUGCUACAGGCGGGUCAGCGUUCGGACAGCCUUCAAGUCUUGGUGCAGCGGGGGUUUCAGCAUUCGGCCAACCUUCAGCACUUGGAGCUGUUGGGGCGCCAGCUUUCGGCCAGCCCUCUCAACCAGGCACGACCGGCUCUGCCUUUGGUCAAACAUCAGCCCUAGGUGCAAAGCCGAAUCCCUUCGGGGCUCGUACAGGGCCGUCGUCCGGUUUUGGGCAGACUGCUCCACAGCCGGCCGCAUUUGGACAACCCGCCCAACAACCAAGCGCCUUCGGACAGCCUUCGUCGUUGGGAUCAAAUCCCAAUCCGUUUGGUGCUCCUGCAGCUGCCCCCUUUGGCCAGACCGCGCAGAGCCAAAAUGCUGCCCAACCAGCAAAUCCAUUCGGCCAGCCUGCCCAGACAAGUGGUGCCUUCGGUCGGCCUGUUGGUUCAAAUCCAUUCGGCUCCACAGACCAACAAAUGGACACUUCGGCACCGGCACUUGCUGCUCCAGCAAAUCCGUUCGGUCAACCGGCAUCGAGUGGGUUUGGUGCGGCGAAGAACGACUUCGGUCAACCACAAGUUCAGGCGGCAAAAGCCCCGGCGCAAGCAAAGGGUACACCAGGACACCCCUACGCGCCGAACAGCACGAAACAGCACCCGCCAAUCAGCUCUUACAGUUCGCGCAACAUAGAUGGCCGUCUGACGAUGUUCAAAGGCCGGAGCGUUAUGUACAAUAACAAUGGCCAACCAGGCUUACGAAUGCCGGACGGCUCAUGGAAGAAGAUCUGGUUCCCGGACGGUCCUCCUGGGUACAAUUCCGACACGGAACCGCCUGAGCCAGGGUUGUAUACUGCCAGCAUCAAGGCUGCGUACGAGGCAAUGAGCAGAACUGGACGGUUCGCUGGUGAUAUGCCCGAGGUACCACCUAUGAGGGAGGACUGCACAUUUGAUUUCUAGUUCACCAAUUGUUAUAAGCACGGACGAAGCAUGGCAUAUGGCGUUUGGGAAACAAAAUCCGGCACGUAGGUUUAGAUAUCCAGUGGGUAAUCCUGUAUUAUUGGGAAGGGCAAAGCGAUAAGACAC